CUAAAUAUGGUUUUGAUUAUUCAUAAUUAAAAUACUAAAACUAAAGGGUAUCCGUUAUUCCACAUUCCCUUUUCAAGACUUCCAACUUGUUAUACUACUUGAUAUUCUAAUCAGCCUGUAGAUUUGUUUUGUUGUUUUUGAUAGCCUUCGUAGUAUUUGCUCUUGAUUAGCCGAGAACGGCGGCGAAAACCCCUGGGCUCACCUUAGUCGUGUUUAAAUUGGAAGCGCAUGCGGUUGUCGGUGCUCUCCGUUCACGAUCCUCGAUCCAUUAUCGGUGGCUCCGGGUGCCGUAAGAUCGACUCAAGUGUUUCCGUGAUUGACAACUUCUUUUUACAUUCUGCAACACCUAUCCUUGUCUUUCAAAUCAAACGAUUUUCAAAUAAAACCAAUAGCCUGUGAAUAUUCCAAGUUGCCUAAGAGUAUGCAAUAGUGUUGUGUGUGAUUUUUCAUGAUCCAAGCUAAACCCAAUAAAAACCAAUAAAAUGCAUGAUCCCAGCGAUUACGACUCAGUUUACAGCGAGGAAGACUUCCUGGAGACCGUUCGAGGAGCUGAGACCCCUCCUCUUAUGAACUACGAAGAAUUCCGCGUGAAGACAAUGGAUGAACGACAACACAUACAGAAGAAAACAUUCACGAAAUGGAUCAAUUCACAUCUCAUCGAUACCCAGUGCACGCCAGUGAAGGAUUUGUUUUUGGAUCUGCGGGACGGACACCGAUUGUUGGCCCUGCUGAGCACCCUGACACAAACACACUUGAAACCCGAAAAGGGUCGAAUGAGAGUACAUCACAUCAACAAUCUGAACAAGGUGAUUACCGUGAUCCAGCAGCAUGGUGUCAAGUUGGUGAACAUCUCCAGCGAUGACAUAGUGGGAGGCAAUGCCAAGCUGACCCUGGGCCUCAUCUGGCUGAUAGCGCUGGAGUUUAAUGGCCAACAUCUAGUCAAGAGUCAUUCGAGCAACGGGGUGGAGAAAUCCCUAUUGGCCUGGGCACGUCAGUAUACGGAACCACAUGGCCUGCAGCUCAACGAUUUCUCCAGUUCAUGGUCCGAUGGACGAGCCUUCCUCAUGAUCCUGGAUGCUCACGUGGAGGAGCUAAAUCUGCCAGCGGCCUUGCAGCAGCAUGCGUUGCAGAGACUUCAUUUGGGUUUCGAUUUGGCACAUCGACACUUCAAAAUUGAAAAGCUGCUUGAUGCUGAGGAUGUUCAUACCCACAAACCGGAUAAUAAAUCUAUACAGAUGUAUGUGAUGUGCCUGUACCAUGCCAUGGAAUCCAUGAGGACAAGGGAGCAGGAGCAUGAUGAGGGGCAGGAUCACGAUCCGGGAAGAGUGCCCUGCACUAGCAUCACUGACUUGGAUGAGGUGCCACUGGACAAUGAUCGUGCUAGUUUGGGUCUAUAUACUUCAGAUAGUGCUGGCAGCAUGGAGCAGAGGUCUUCGGCGGAACUGAAGACACACUCCAUACGCCCCUUGAGCACCGCCACCAAUGCCAGUGUGGAGAUUAGUGGCUAUCAGUCAGCUCUUGAGGCAGUACUUACCCUAUUGCUAGAAGAUGAGCAGCUUCUGUCACAGGAUCUGCCCGAUCCGCAGGAUUUCCAGACAGCUAAACUGCAAUUUCACGAAAACGAAAGCUUUAUGCUGAAGCUAACCGAACAUCAGGAGUAUGUGGGAGAGGCUUUGGAAGAGGGAAGCAACCUCAUCAACGAAUCCCAGAAAGCAGGAACUGGUCUGAGUCAGGAGGACCAAAACGAAGUGAGGCAACAAAUGGUGUUGCUCAACGAACGUUGGGAAACCUUGAGAUUGCGAGCCCUGGACGUCCAAGCCAAAAUCCUAAUGCGAUUGGCAGAGUUUCAGAAGCAAAAACUCGAACAACUUCGGCAGUUUCUAACAAGUGUUGAGGAUCGUAUUUCUCAUAUGAGUGAUAUAGGACCAACUCUGGGAGAAGCUGAGAAGCAACUGGUUGAAGCUCGAAAACUAAAAGCCGAUCUUAGCGAACAGCAAGAAUUGGUGGAUAGUCUGAGUAGUAUGGUGGUUAUUGUAAAUGAUACCUCGGGCAAUUUUAAUGAUCUAGAAGACCGUUUGAGUGCUCUGGGCGAGCGAUGGUCGCAUGUGGUUAAGUGGAGCGAUCUGCGAACCGAGAAGCUGCAACAGUAUAAAUGUAUCUCCAGAUGGCUGGAUGCCCGCGAGCAGGAUCUCAAGCUGAUGGAGAGCAGGGAUGUCACAGAUGUCGGCGGUAUUACCCAGCGUAUUAACGAGCUUAACUAUUGUGCCAAGGAUCUGUUGGAACUUCAAAGAUAUCUGAUAGAUCUGCGUCAAAUGGUGGCUGCCACUUUGCAGGAUGGUGAUGACAAGGGUGAAAGGGUUCUCAUCCAAUUGGAAAGCUAUGAAGACCGUUUAGAUGCCCUGAAACAAAUUGUUGAAGUACAAACGGUUCGAAUAGAGACCAAGGGCUUUAACUUUGGACGAGAUCGUGCCAGUUAUGAUGACAGUAGGGUGGUCCGUCCUGAGGGCUGGGUGGAUUACCAGAUGAUCAUUCGCUUUGGCGAUGAGGAGUCUCAGGAAGACGAAGAGGAGCAUGAUUUGGCCAGCAAAAAGCGAAAGUUAAGGAAUGCUGAUAACUUUUAUGCCUUGGAAAAUCUGAUCAUGGAGCAUUUUGGUUAUGUCCAGGAAGUAGAGCAAAAGCUACAGCAAAUACAGAGACAAAGUCUGCGGCAACAAUGUGAUUUACUCAAGGAACUUCAGGCGGAGAACAGCCGACGUAGUGGUACUUUACCCGAACUCAAGAAACUCUAUGAAGUCUGCGAGCUAGAGGAUCCGUCGAGGAAUCUUCUCCUGGAGGAAACCCACAUCAAGCAGCUGGAGCAGAGAUAUGCUACCCUGACACAAAAACUAGCAAGCCAGCAAAGCGAGAGCUCAACCCUGUUGGCCAAGGAAAAGUAUUACAACAGUCUGACAGGUUUCAAGUUGGUUCUGGCUGAUUCCAGAGAUUGGUAUAAACAACACGCUGGUUCAGCCAGUGGCAAGGAGCUAGAGCAGCGUUUAAGCCACAUGGAAUCCCUGGCGUCUGAAAUUGCUGAGGCCAAAACGGCCACAGAAGAGUUGGAUAAUCAGAUGGUAGAAUGGAAGCAGGAUUUUGGCUUGUUCUAUGAUAGCUGGCAUGACAUGAAGCAGGCUCUACAGGCUCUGAUUCAACAGAGGGGUGGAGAAAGUCUUUCCAGGCAACUAAAGCAAGUUCAGGAUUUCGUAACUAAAGUCUCAAAUCAAAAGGUACGCGUUUCCAAUUUGGAAAUCAUGCAAAAGCAACAGUAUUUGCUUAAUCAGUUGGUAGACGAACUAGAGUCCCUUCGGCCAACUUAUGAUAAAUUACCCAAGCACCUGAUUGGUGAGGAGCUACAAGCCACUUGGGAGAGACUUCCCGAGCAGCUCAAUGAGCGUGUGAUCAAGCAAACCACAGCCAUUGAAAAUCUAAAUCACUUUGCAGCGGAAUAUAAUGCCAUUAUAGCCAUUUUGCGAAGUGCAGCGGAGUCGAAAUUGGAUGGCAGUCAAAGUGGUAGCAGUCAAGAUCUUCGGAAACUGGAGAUUGAUGUGAUAAGUGCAAGGAAUUUCAGUGAAAUUCUGAUUAAGGAAGCAGAACCAGCUCAAAAGGAAUCCCUGCAAGCACAAAUAAGAGCCUUGAAUACCUUAUACGACCAAGUGGAGCAAGUUCAUCGGGAGAAGAAGCAACAGCAGACGGUACUUCAAUCCCAGAUUGAUCUCAUCCAGCAGAGGCUCAAGAAAACUGAUCAGUGGCUAACGGACUUGGAGAACAACACUCCCAAAUCUGGAAUCAACGACAUAGGUAACUCCAAUGAGCUAUUCCAAAGCAAGUGCCGCUUUCAGACCCUCAAAGAAACCUGCGAAAAGGAAACGACACAGUUUAGGGAACUCAAUGAACUGGGCGGUGAGCUACUUCUCCAAAUGGAUGAACUUCAAGAUAAGGAUAGAGAAUCCAGAUAUGGAUCACUGGCCAAGCAGUUCACACGCAUCAAUGCCAGAUGGACGGAGGUCACCGAGCUGGUUUAUGCGAAGACAGCCCUACUCGAGCAUAUAUCAACGCAGCUGGGGGAGUUCAAGAAGUUCAUGGUUAGCGAGACGGGUUACCUGGACAAGUUGGAGAACAAGAUACGCAACACGCCAGAGAAUGCAGCCGACGCCGAAGAGAUCAUGGAGGAACUUGAUGAUCUGGAGAAUGUUCUGCGCUCGCACUCUGAGGAAUGGCUGGAGAAGAUUCAGGAAAUUGGCAAUGAGCUAAUUGACAACGAAUUCAUGGCCGAAUCCAUGCGACGGGAUAUAGAUGACAUCGUCCAACGUUGGACUCAGCUCCAGCAGCAGGCGAAGAACCGAACCGAGCUCCUGGAACAAAAGGUCAGCGAGGCGGAGCAGUCGGAGAAGUGCAUUGUGCAGUUUGAGAAGUGGCUGACCCGGGUGGAUGAGAUACUCAGCGAGCAUCUGGAAAACGAUGUGACCAUUGAGGAUCUGCCGGAAGAUUUCCAGCGCUUAGCUCGCGAGUUUGUGGCCAAUGAGAAAAACUUCAAAGAGAUCAGCGAACUUAUAGAUGAGCACACGAGAAACGGCAAGGUCGGAGCUGCCAAUCGCCUCCAGGAGCAGCUCAAUCUGAUGGAGGUUAGGUUCAAGUUCUGCCAGGCUAAGCUGAGCAAGUGCACCGCUCCACAACCUGCCUAUGAAUCGCGCUUGAACCGGGCCUAUGCAGAUCUGCGGGAUGUGGAACGAUCCACCUUGGUACUGGACGUAGCAUCCGCUGGCCCGAAUACGGUUCAGGCUCAGUACCAAAAGUGUUUGCACAUUUAUCGCACAUUAUCCGAGAUAAAGGCGGAAAUUGAGAGCACAAUUAAAACCGGUCGCCGGGUUUGUGAGGACAGGUACACGAAAUCCCCCAAGCAGCUGAGCCAGCGGAUUGAUGCCUUGAAGCACCUUUACAAUGCCCUCGGAGAGAAUGUGACCCAGUCCAAGGCAUUCCUUGAGAGUCUGCUCACAUUGGCGAGGCAAUUAGAGGAGUGUUUCGAUUCGGCUGAUACCCUAAUCCGACGCUUUGAGUCGCCACAGGAAGUGCACGAUAGAAACUCCAUACUAUUGGAGUUUGAGGAUGUGUUGCGAAGGUGCGAGGACCACUACAAUGAGUACAGCAAGUCCUGUGACCAGAGCUGCAUGGUAGAAACACGUCAGAGAAUAGAUGGCUUAAAGGCCACGUACCACAAGCUGACCAGUGCAGACAUAAUCAAGCGGCUUACCGAGAUGAAGGCCACCCUGCAGAACCUGGACAAUAUUUCCUUGGAGACUUUAAGGGCAAUGGAGCAUGACCUGAAGGAGAUAAAUGUGCCCUCGAAUCCGGAAAUUGAGAAAUUGCAGCAGCAAGUAAUUGCAAUUGUCGUGGAUGUGUUGAAAACGCGUUUCAAUGAAGCCACAACGCUUGCCGCUAGAAAUACGAAUUCUCCAGAAAAUGAUGAUACGGAAAUUGUUAUUGUCAGCGAUACGGUGAGACAACGACGUGCCAGGACACCUCAGUCAGGGGAAUCUCCUUCAUCUGCCAAUACCAGUACCUCAGAGUCUCCAACCAAGGGUGUGGAGAACGCCCCAGAGACGCUUGGCGACCAGGUCCUGCCGGAUCUUCUGCCACCUCAAACAUUCCGCCUAGCGGAGUCUAGCACUCUCUUCUCACAGAUAUCCCUAAAUCCUGAAAAGAUUUCAAAAACUCCACCACCAAAACCUGUGAAAACCAAACGAAAGGCUCCCACUUCCCCUGCCCAGGUGGUGGAGAUCAAGGUCAAGAAUAUCCAAAAUGAUAAGAUGUCGGUGCAGAAUAUUGAUCUGGAACCACAGCAGGGAGAAAUCGUAGACACCGUCAAUAUCCUGGAGAGUGUAGAACCUUUUGUACCCGAAUAUGUGGAGACUGUGCAGAUUGUGGAUCUCUCGGAGGACUCUGAUUCUUCAGUUAGAGUUGAUAGCCAAGGAAAGGAAGUUCGACGAUCCAAAAGCAAGCAUUCCCUAAAUGAUUCACCACUGCCCAAGGUCUCAGACAAUGAAGAUUCGGCGGAACAGGAAGAGGAUCUUCUGCGUCCUUCAGCUGAGAAUACUAGCACACCUUUCCUGAGAGUGGAGAAGCACCGAAUCUCCUUUGAUGAGAAACGCAAGCGGGUAGCCAACGAGCGUGAUAUCCUGCGUGAUUCCGAGGAAGAAGAACCCAAAACACCAGAUACUCCCCGGACACCACAAGUCUCCAAACCGAAACGUUGGCGACAACUCCAACCGGAAAUGGACGCCCUGGAACCCGAGUCACCUGGUCGCGAUAGUUUUUAUAGUCCCGACAAAGAAUCUGGUUUCGAUGCUGAACCUCUCGUGUUUUCAGACGAUGAGGAUAUUCCGCGUUUCUCGCUGGAAAUGACACCAACCUUUGACUCCGAUAGUGAUACGAGUCGCAUUGAGACGCCAUCGACCAAAAAGCCCAACCCAUUCUUAAGCAAGGUCCUCGAAUCGAUGCCUUCACCUACGGAUGAUUCAAACAUAACGCUCAAAAGCCCGCUGAGCGAACAGCAGCCCCAGAAUCUGGAUGAUCGUGUCCGGGAGUUCGAUAAGCAGGCCAAGCAAAUGAUCUACAAACUGAAGCUUACCAAGGCCAAGAUCGAGCAGUGUCAUGAAAGCGAAGCAGAGGAUCUCCGCCUGCUAAUAGCUCCCGAUGCGGCCACCUUGAUAUCCCAGGGCGACUCUUUGGUCCUGGAAACCCAUGGUAAACAGGGUAGCAUAUCCCGCCUCGUAAUGCGCACUCAAAUCAUAUUGCGAGAACAGUUCCGGGAAGUGCAGCAAGCUAAAUCGAAGACCUCGGGAAGUGGGACACCAGCUCCCCCAUUGGACAGCGUGAAUAUUGAAGAACUCGUGACCAAGGGACUGCGUCGCAUCAAUGUUCUCAUAGAAAAGACUGUGGAUCUGAAGUCUAGCAGUGAUCUUGAGAAGCGUAUGGAGGAUAUCAACGAGCGGCACGACGAUUUACAGGUGAUUGUCAGCGCCAUUGGCAAGAACGCCCAGAUGCCGAAGGUCACGCCCCUCAUGAUGAACGAAAUUGAAAAGACGAAAAACAAUUUGAUAGCUCAUGCGGAUUCCAUUGAGCUCUCGUUGACGGAACUGAGAAAUGGCCCCCGAAUUUCCAAUGGCAAGGAGCGACCAGAUGCAUCUAGUAGCCCCGCCAUCAGCUGUCGUUCUGAAUACAAUAACGAGCCGAGCGGUACUGGAGCGUUGGCCGGCAGCUUCGAUAAGUCAGUCCUGCAAAUUUCCGACUGGCUGACUUGGGAACAAAACAUGAUCAAGAUACAGAGCGUGCUCGUCGACGAUGGCGAUGCAGUGCGACUGGCCAUCGAGAAGCAGGAGAAAGUUCUGCGUGAAUUGAAAAUGAAAAAGCCGCAGCUCAACGAACUGGUUCAUACGGCGGAAGUGCUCAAAGGCGACGUGAAACGCCAGCAAUUGCAGGAGAAAGAGCUGAAACAGUUUUCCCUAGCACCGCACUGUUCAGCGGACUUAGAUUAUAUGCGUUGCUGUCUGAAAGUGACCCGUUUGCGAGAACAUUGGGAUGAGACGUCGCAAUGUGUCCUGCAGAGAGCUGCCCAACUUAAAAACAUGCUGAGCGACUCACAGCGGUUCGAGGCCAAGCGCGUGGAGCUCGAGAAGUGGCUGGCCCGCAUGGAGCAAAGAGCCGAGCGAAUGGGUACCAUUGCCACCACAGCGGACAUCCUGGAGGCCCAGCAAAAGGAGCAGAAGACUUUCCACGCGGAACUCCACCAGAACAAGCAACACUUUGAUAUAUUCAACGAGCUGACGCAGAAACUGAUUGCCGUUUAUCCAAACGAUGAUACCACCAGGAUCAAGAAGAUGACGGAGGUUAUCAAUCAACGCUAUGCCAACUUAAACAAUGGAGUCAUCAAUCGUGGCAAGCAACUGCAUGCGGCUGUGCAUAGUCUUCAGUCGUUUGACCGAGCCAUGGAUCAGUUCCUUGCUUUUCUAUCGGAAACGGAAACACUUUGUGAAAACGCUGAGUCUGACAUCGAGCGCAAUCCAUUAAUGUUCAAGGACCUACAAUCGGAAAUUGAAACCCAUCGCGUGGUUUACGAUCGUCUCGAUGGAACAGGCCGCAAACUUUUGGGUUCGCUCACCUCACAAGAGGAUGCGGUUAUGCUGCAGCGUCGCCUCGAUGAAAUGAAUCAACGUUGGAAUAAUUUAAAAUCGAAAAGUAUUGCAAUCAGGAAUCGCCUGGAGUCCAAUUCGGAGCACUGGAACGCCCUGCUCCUGUCGCUCCGCGAACUGACCGAGUGGGUUAUCCGCAAGGACACCGAACUAAGCACUUUGGGCCUGGGUCCCGUUCGAGGUGAUGCCGCUAGUCUGCAGAAACAAUUGGACGAUCAUAAAGCCUUUCGACGCCAAUUGGAGGAUAAGCGGCCAAUUGUCGAGAGCAAUUUAACGAGCGGUCGUCAGUACAUCGCCAACGAAGCAGCCGUCUCGGAUACCAGCGAUACAGAGGCCAACCAUGAUUCCGACUCGCGUUACAUGUCCGCCGAGGAGCAGAGCCGUGAGCUAACACGCAGCAUCCGACGGGAGGUGGGAAAACUUUCCGAGCAGUGGAACAAUCUAAUCGAUAGAUCUGACAAUUGGAAGCAUCGCCUGGAUGAGUACAUGACGAAAAUGCGUCAAUUCCAGAAGAUCCUGGAGGAUCUGAGCUCUCGCGUUGCCUUGGCCGAGCAGACAAAAACCUCCUGGCUGCCACCCUCAUCCGUGGGCGAGGCCAACGAGCAGAUGCAACAGCUGCAGCGCCUAAGGGACAAGAUGACGACGGCCAGUGCCCUCCUGGAUGAUUGCAAUGAACAGCAGUCCUUCUUCACCGCCAAUCAGGUGCUGGUGCCCACGCCCUGCCUUUCCAAACUGGAAGACUUAAAUACGCGCAUGAAACUCCUGCAAAUCGCGAUGGACGAGCGCCAGAAGGUCUUGUGCCAGGCUGGGGCCCAACAAACGCACGAGAAUGGGGACGAUGGUCGCACCACAUCGAACAGCGGCACCAUCGGACCUCUGCCUAAUCUUGGACAAAGUGUGAAACCGCCCUGGGAGCGAGCCACCACUGCAGCCAAUGUGCCUUACUAUAUCGACCACGAACGUGAGACCACGCACUGGGACCAUCCCGAAAUGAUCGAGCUGAUGAAGGGCCUGGCAGAUCUCAACGAGAUACGCUUCUCCGCCUACAGAACGGCCAUGAAACUGCGGUCAGUUCAGAAGCGAUUGGCUCUUGAUAGGAUCAGCAUGUCAACUGCCUGCGAAUCUUUCGAUCGACAUGGCCUGCGUGCCCAAAACGACAAGCUUAUCGACAUACCCGACAUGACCACGGUGCUGCAUUCGCUCUACGUGACAAUCGAUAAAAUUGAUUUGACGCUGAUGCUGGACCUGGCCAUCAACUGGAUCCUGAAUGUCUAUGACUCCCAGCGCACUGGCCAGAUCCGAGUACUGAGCUUCAAGGUUGGGCUGGUUCUCCUCUGCAAAGGUCACCUGGAGGAGAAGUAUCGCUACCUUUUCCGUCUGGUCGCAGACACUGACCGACGGGCGGAUCAGAGGCGACUAGGACUUCUGCUGCACGAUUGUAUUCAGGUGCCCCGCCAACUAGGUGAAGUUGCCGCCUUUGGAGGCUCUAACAUAGAGCCCUCGGUGAGGUCUUGCCUGGAGCAGGCUGGCAUCUCGCAGGAGGCCAUCGACGGCAACCAGGACAUCUCAAUUGAGCUGCAACAUUUCCUCGGCUGGCUGCAACACGAACCGCAGAGUCUCGUAUGGCUUCCCGUGCUCCAUCGUCUGGCGGCGGCAGAGGCCGCCAAGCAUCAGGCCAAGUGCAACAUCUGCAAGGAGUACCCGAUCGUGGGCUUCCGCUACAGAUGCCUCAAGUGCUUCAACUUCGACAUGUGCCAAAAGUGUUUCUUCUUCGGCCGCAAUGCCAAGAACCACAAGCUCACGCAUCCCAUGCACGAGUAUUGCACCACUACCACAUCCACCGAGGACGUUCGUGACUUCACACGCGCCCUGAAGAACAAAUUCAAGAGUCGCAAAUACUUUAAGAAGCAUCCACGUGUUGGCUACCUGCCCGUACAGAGUGUUCUCGAGGGUGAUGCUCUGGAGAGUCCUGCGCCUAGUCCUCAGCACACAACCCAUCAGUUGCAGAAUGACAUGCACUCCCGACUGGAGAUGUAUGCCUCGAGGCUGGCUCAGGUGGAGUAUGGUGGAACUGGAUCCAACUCUACACCAGAUAGUGAUGACGAGCACCAGCUGAUAGCUCAGUAUUGCCAGGCCCUGCCCGGAACUUCAAAUGGAAGUGCCCCCAAAUCGCCUGUUCAAGUGAUGGCUGCCAUGGAUGCAGAACAAAGAGAGGAACUAGAGGCGAUUAUCCGAGACCUCGAGGAGGAGAAUGCCAAUCUGCAGGCGGAGUACCAACAACUGUGCAGCAAGCAGCAGAGUGGCACGCCCGAGGACUCCAAUGGCAUGCAACACUCCAGUUCCAGCAUGACGGGUCUUUCUGGCCAGGGCGAGCAAGGACAGGACAUGAUGGCGGAAGCGAAGCUAUUGCGUCAGCACAAAGGACGCCUGGAGGCGCGCAUGCAAAUCCUGGAGGAUCACAAUCGUCAGCUGGAGGCCCAGUUGCAGCGACUUCGUCAACUACUGGAUGAGCCCAAUGGCGGCGGCAGUAGUGCCACUAGCAGCGGUCUGCCCAGCGCCCCCGGAUCCGCCUUGAAUUCCAAACCAAACACCCUGCAGACUCGCUCGGUGACCGCCUCGCAAUUGAACACAGACUCACCGGCCAAGAUGAACCAGCAGAAUGGACACUACGAGCACAACUCAAAAAACUCUAGUGGCCUGGUGACCGCCAUUACCGAGCAGGAAUUGGAGAGCAUCAACGACGACUUAGAUGAGACGUCGAGCAGCAACACUACGAACACAACAACGACGACGACGACCACGGCAACCACGGAGAAAACCUGCGUGGAACUACAAAAAUAACACCUUCGAUACUUAACUGCAAGGCAUUAAACUAUAAAGCAAACAAAAAAUAAACAGUAUAAGAAUCCAAAAGAAUUAACUGCAAGCGAGGAAAUCCAAUUGGCUGGCCUGCAAAUUAUUCUAAAUAAUCAUACCUAAACACCUAAAGAUAGAUCCAUAUAGCUAUUGUGGUACAUAUAUUUAUACAUUAUUGCAUACGAAGAGAGAAGAAGAUGAAGGAGAAUUUCUAGAAGAGCUUGAAGUAAGCUGAGAACACUUUUUUAGUAGUUAUGAAAGAUACAAAUCUAUAUAUAUUAUAUACAAAUAUCGAAGCAUAAGUAAGUGAAACAACAUAUUGAAAGCUGGAAAUAAUGCAGAAAUGAUUUAAAGAUUAGAUAAGCUCUAACUCCCACACAAACAUACCUACGAUAUAAUAAAAAGCAAACAACUAUAUCAUAAUUGAAACAUAAUCAUAAUUUGCUAGUACAUGCAAAAUUGUUAUAACUCGCACCUUUU